AAAAAAAUUAAAAAAAAAAAAAUUACAAAUAAAAAAAAUAUUUUAAUAUUUUAUAAAAAUAAGAGUGCUAAAAAAAAUAAUUUCAAUUUAAAAAGGAAGGAAGAAAAAUAAUUGCAAUUGCAAAAUAAAAAUUGCAAAAUAAAAACGAAACACAACAUAAAAAAAAAUAUAAAAAAUGAGCCCUAAAUUACAUGAAUUUGUUGUUAUACUUCAACGUGAUGGCAAUGUACCAUGGGGUAUACGCCUUGUAGGCGGUAGUGAUUUAGAUACACCAUUAAUAAUUACAAAGGUUCAAUGUGGUAGUCCAGCAUUUGGUGAAGUUUUACGUGGUGAUAUUAUAUCAAAAAUUGGUGAAUAUGAUGCGAGAGAUUUACGUCAUGAAGAUGCCCAAAUGUUAUUCAAAACUGCUGGAAAUAGUAUUAGAUUAGUAGUACACAGAGAUAACAAAAUUGCUUAUACACAAGCCAUGAGUAAUGAUUCAUCCAGAUGUUCGUCAACGAUACCACCAGCUAGUCCAGAUCAUAAUUUUUUAAAUCCCAAAAAUCAAAAUCCUCACAGAGCUCCAUCACCAUUUUUACCUGGACCCGGUCAUUAUGAACACGCCUUAACAGCACCCGUAAAUACUUUACCAUAUACUGAAUUUCCAAAUUUAAAUGAAUCUGGUGGAUAUGUGCCCCCAAUACGUCCUGAUUCACAACAAUCUGGUUUUAGUCCAAUGCCAACACGUGAUCAUUUACAAGAUGUUAAAGAAGAACAAGCUGCCAUAGUUAGCCAGCCCUAUAGAACAACUCCUUUAGUUCUUCCUGGAGCCAAAGUUAAGAAAGAUCCCCCAACUACAGAAUCAUAUUUGAGAUAUUACCCAAACCCAGCUGUACGUGCUGCACCAGGACAUGAUUAUCAUGAUGUUCUUAUGAAACAAAGAGUCGCUGACACAAUGUUGCAUAAAGUAGUUGGAGAAGAUGCUCAUUCUGGAAGAGUUUUUCAUAAGCAAUUCAAUUCACCAAUUGGUCUCUACUCUGAUAGCAAUAUUGAAAGCACAAUCAGACAAACAGUUCCAUCAAGUAAUCGAAAUUCUACUAAACGCAGCCCUUUAAAUCGGCCAUUGCCAUCAAAACUUGAAGGCCAUAAAAAAACUGUAGUUUUCGAUCCAUCAAAGAGUGAGACCUUUAGAGCUUUACAAGAAGAAGGAUACGGCGUAGGCAUUCAAAAUGAUUAUGUACAAGAAGCUAAUCCAGUUCAACCUAAAGUGUUCCAUCCCACUGCUGCAAAUAGGAUGGUUCCAGGAAAGAAGCCCAUAUCACCACGUCCAGCAACACACUCCCCGUCGUUAUAUGUAAACAAUCCAACUGAUGAGCAAAUCCGCCAAAGCAAUUCAUUCAACCGUUUGAUGUAUAGCGUUUUGGGGCACACAGAUUAUUAAUCUAAAAAUCAUUAAAAAAGAAAUAAAUUAUAAUUUUUUUUUUGAAACAAUUUUUAUUGUUUAGCGAAUUGUUAAAAAAUACUUUUUUUUUUUGUAAAACCAAUAAUUCAAAAGGAAAAAAAAAAUCAUUUUUUUUUAUCCCCAUAAAUAUUUCAAAUAAUAAUGAAAAAAAAAAGUUGUAUAACUUUUGAAGUGUAUAAAAAAAUAAAUUAAUAAUUAAAAAAUAAAAUUCAUAUUUAAUUUUUGGAAUAAACAAUCCUCCCAAAAUUAAUUAUUUUUUUUUUAAUUUUUUAAUUAUUUCUUUAAAUCUAAAUUAUAUUCAUCAGUUUGAAGAUAAAUAAAAUAUACAAAACAAUAUGAAAAAAAAUAUUAAUAAAGAUCAACAUUUUAUGUUAUAAAUAAAUAUUUUAUAAACAUUAAAAUUGAUUAUUUAUUUCCUUAUUUGUUUUUAUUAUCAUUUUAUUUUCUAUAUUCUGGAUUACAAACAAAAAAAAAUGAAAGAUAAAUUUAUAACUAACUAAUUUAUCUUUGGAACAAAUUUUGUACAGUAAUUCAACAAAUAAAACAAAAAGAGGUUGUUUUAAUUUCAUUUUACUUCAUAUAUACGUACUAAUUUUAUUUCAAUUAAUUAAUUUAUUUUUUUUUUUUUUGUGAUUUUUAAUAAUUAUAUUAUUCUGAUUUAUAAAACAAAACCAAAUAAAAUAAAAACGAAACGAACUAAAAUUGAUAUUGUUUUUUGUCUACUAACACAAAAUUAUAUUAUUAUUUACUACAUUUAUUUUCUUUAUUAUUUAAUUAAUUCAUUUAAAACUAAUAUAAAAAAAAUUUGUAGUUCAUUAUAUUGAAAUCUUUUUCAAAUAAACAUUUAAAAACCAAAAUAUUCGGUCACAUUUGUAAUAUUUAUGAAAAAACAAAAUAAAAAAAUUAUAUGUACUUAUGUAUUUAUUUAUUAACAAUUAAUUUCAAAAUUUAGAAAUAUAUAUACAUAUAUAUAUAUACAAUUAUAUUUGUAACAUUUAUACAAAAUAUAAAUAUUAUUAUAUUAAUUAAAUAUGAACAACUAAAAUAAUUUUAUAGUUUUAGGUUAUAUAAAAAAAGAAAAUGAAAAAAAAAAAAAUUUAUAUAUAAAAUUAAUAAAAAAAUGCUUUUUUGUUUUGGUCUGAAUUUUUAAUUAAAUAAUAAAAUAUUAUAUAUAAUAAGAGAAAAAUAAAAUAAUUAUUUAGAAAAUUUGUAGAGUAUCAAAAACAAAUUAAAAUAAAAAAAAAUAAAUUACACCAACUUACUAACUUAAAAACUUAAAUGAAAAAUUAAACAAGCAAAAUAAUACCAUCAUCACGCAAAAUUUUAACUUCAUAAUAUUGAAAAAUUUGCGGAAGAUAUAAAAAACAAAUGCAACAAAUGAUUGCAUUUUUAUAAAAAAAAAAUAAAAUCGGAUGCACAUGAAUUGAAGAUUACAAAAAAAAAUAAUAAAUUAUAAGAACAACAAUAAACAACAACAUCAACAAAAUACGAGAAAAAUAAAGUCAAAAUAAUAUAUAUUUUUAUAUUAUACAUAUAAAAUGAAUUAAUAAAUAUAUUCAAGUGUAUAAAUACAAUUUUUAUUUAUACAUUUAAUAUAUAUAUUUAUUUUUAUCUAAAA